AUGGCAGUACAUGGUAAUACAUGGCGAUACAUGGAAAUACAUGGAUAUAUAUGGCAAUACAUGGUAAUACAUGGCAAUACAUGGUAAUGCAUGGCAUUACAUGUCUGUACAUGGGUAUACAUGGUAAUACAACAACAACAAUAAUCAAGCUCUGGAACAACCUACCUAGCGAAAUAUCCAGCCUUGAUUCUCUGUCAAAUUUUAAAUCCCACGUGAAAACAUAUCUUUUUAAACACGCAUUUAAUUUGUAGUAGUGUAUUUGUUUCGUUUAUUUUAUUAUUUAUCACUUAUUGUUAUUUUAUUUAAUUUUUAAAUCUUUCUGCCUGCUUUUAAAAUUUAUUCAUUUUUAGUCUUCUUUUUAACUUAUUGAAUGGAAAGUUGCGUUAAAUAAUUUUAAAUCAUUAUCAUUACUUUAUUAACGUGACUAACACUAUGUGCUAACCAUGUAUUGUCAUAUACUACCAUGUACUGCCAUGUGAAGGCAUGUACAACCAUGUACGGCAAAGUAUUACCAUGUAUUACUAUGUAAUACCAUGUAUUGAACUACAUGGCUAUACAUGGCACUACAUGGCUAUACAUGGUAAUACAUAGUAAUACAUGGCAACACAUGGCAUUACAUGGCUAUAAAUGGCAAUACAUGGUAAAACAUGGUAAUUCAUUGCGAUAAAUGGCAGUACAUGGCUAUAUAUGGCAUUACGUUGCAAUAUAUGGUAAUAAAUGGCAAUAAAUGGUAAUACAUGGCUAUACAUGGCCGUACAUGGUAAUACAUGGCUAUACAUGGCAAAACAUGAGAGUACAUAAACUACAUGGCAGUACAUGAAAAUACAUGCCUAUACAACAUGGCAUUACAUGGCUAUACAUGGGUAUACAUGGGAAUACAUAGUGAUAUAUGGCAGUACAUGGCUAUACAUGGCAUUACAUGGCUAUGCAUGGCUAUACAUGGCAAUUCACGGCAAUAUAUUGCGAUACAUAGCAGUACAUCGCUAUAGAUGACAUCACAUAGCUACACAUGGCUAUACAUGGUAAUACAUAGUGCUACAUGGCAAUACAUGGCUAUACAUGGCAUUACGUGGCUAUAAAUAGCAAUACAUGGCUAAACAUGGCUAUACAUGGCAGUAUCUGGUAAUAAAUGGCAAUAAAUGGUAAUACAUGGCUAUACAUGGCCGUACAUGGUAAUACAUGGCUAUACAUGGCAAUACAUGACAGUACAUGGUAGUACAUGGCAAUACAUGGCAUUACCUGGCUAUACGUGGGUAUACAUGGCAGUACAUGGCUAUACAUGGCUAUACAUGGCAUUACAUGGCUAUACAUGGCGAUACAUAGCAGUACAUGGCUGUACAUGGCGUCACAUGGCUACACAUGGCUAUACGUGGUAAUACAUAGUGAUACAUGGCAAUACAUGACUAUACAUGGGUAUACAUGGCAUUACGUGGCUAUACAUGGCAAUGCAUGGUAAUACAUUUCAAUACAUGGUAAUACCGUAGUGCUACAUGGCAAUAUAUGGCUAUAGAUGCUAUACAUCGCAUUACAUAGCUACCCAUGGCAAUAAAUGGUAAUACAUCGCAAUGCAUGGCUAUACAUAGUAAUACAUGGCUAUACAUGGCAGUACAUAGUAAUACAUGGCUAUACAUGGCAAUACACGGCAGUACAUGGUAA